CUCUUCCUUCCGGAAAGACUCCGCCUUCUGCGCAGAAGGUGGGGCUUUCCCCCAGCGCCUCACCUCAGCGCGCAGACGCAGAAAAGUCGCUUUACGGCCGAAGGAGAAGGCGAGGCAUAGACUUAAGGCCCGAGGCUGAACUGAGGGGCGGGGAAAGAGGCUUUUUGCGGCAGAACUGCGGCGGGUCCUGUCCUCGCCAUGAGGCCGCAGCAGGCGCCAGUGUCCGGGAAAGUAUUCAUUCAACGAGACUACAGCAGUGGCACACGCUGCCAGUUCCAGACCAAGUUCCCCGCGGAGCUGGAGAACAGGAUUGACAGGCAGCAAUUUGAAGAAACCGUUCGAACUCUGAAUAACCUUUAUGCAGAAGCAGAGAAGCUUGGGGGUCAGUCAUACCUUGAAGGCUGUCUGGCUUGUUUAACAGCAUAUACCAUCUUCUUAUGCAUGGAAACUCAUUAUGAGAAGGUUCUAAAGAAAGUCUCCAAAUAUAUUCAAGAACAGAAUGAGAAGAUAUACGCUCCACAAGGCCUCCUCCUGACAGACCCCAUUGAGAGGGGACUUCGAGUUAUUGAAAUUACCAUUUAUGAAGACAGAGGCCUGAGCAGUGGAAGAUAAGCCAUAAAACUAAAGAUCCUGCCUCCAGCUGGGACCCUCAUGUAUCCACAGGCCGAUCACAGAGUGUCCCUACCUCCUCUCAAGAGCAUCAUUCCUUUGUAUCUGCUGCCAGAGCCACGGUGCCAUUUACUCCAAGGACUAACUUUCUAAAAUUCCACACCUGCAGUGACCCCUGGUCACUCCGCAUCCACUUUGUGUCUCCAAAUUAUGUAGGAUGCUGUAAUCUUUUGAUUAGUUUCUGAGAAAACAAAAGGAAGCGUUUCAUUUUUCUUAUUCAAAGUCAUUUAAUAAAAUAUGCAGUUGGUCAGCCCAAAGUUUAUUUCUUACCUGCCACCAGGUAAGAAAUUGCCAUUGGUUCUCUUCAUUCCUUGGGCCAGUUUCCCAGGUAGCUUUAGACUUCAACAGGUCAUAUCUUAGCCAAUGUUCAGUCUUACUCCCCCAUAUUAAUAAAAGGCUUUGCUCCAGGUGAAGCAUGUAUUAUUUCUGUGGUUUUGCCAAUGCAUCUCCCAGAUUUCAAAGAACUACCAGUUUUGCCAUGAUUCAGAUCUUAAGAUUUAUUUCUGCUGUUAAUGUUUCUCAAGCUGAAGUUCACUUAAGAAAAUAACAGUAUAAUGUUAUUUGUCGUCUUAUAGCAGUUAUUACUAAUUUUUAAAACAGUAUUUAAUGUAAUUUCCUGUUCCUUUCUUUGGAGACUUUUAUGUUAGUAUUGCAUUACCUUGAAUGUUGGAAAGAUGUGGUAUGUGUUGCUUGUUCAUUACACAAAUAAGUAAGCACAAUAAAGUGGAUGCUAAACCAUCAAACAUGUAAAUGUCCCUGCUCUGUCCUGAAUGUGUAAUAAACAAGUGUAAUAAAUAUUUUAAUUAUAGUUUUGUUAUAAAUAUAACUUAUGACAAAAAGUUUGAUAGGAAUAAUACUGUAUAUUGCUAAUUUUUAACCCUUCUGACAACCCUUAUGAGUCACAGAUUCCUCAUAUACAGUAUUCAGUGCACACAAAUCUUAGGAUUGGCUCAAGUAAAGUAGCUAAAUGACUUCCAAGUUAAACUCUCAAGUCUGAGUUAGUUUUUCUAGCUCUUCAGUAUGUAUGUCCUUAGUAUUGGAGUUUCUUAGGCCCUUCAUUCUUUUUGGAGUUGAGAGCACUGUAUUUGAAAGAAAGUUAAGAAGUAUGUUAGGAGAGAAUGAAGCAGUUAGAAGUUUAACUUUCAGAGAUAUUGUAGGUGCUAAUACUGGAUUUAAUCUUUCAUAUUUAAUUUCUGAGUCUGGUAGUUGAUAAAUCCCACAGGUCUGUGUAAUAUUUUAAUUGUAUAAAAUUCAUUUGUUACUUUAUAGCCUUAGUGUGUCUGUCUGCCUUUUAAACCCGUUGCAAUAACUUUGCUGAAAUAUUAACACAUUAGUAAAACUUUUCUUAAACAAACUGCCUCUGUGUGAUAUUUGGUGUGGCUUGAUAAAGUAGUAAAUAUAUGGCAUUAAAUUUGGCAGUUAUAACUGCAGUCACCAGUACAGUGUGGAUUAGUAUUAAACAUCUUAUACCAGGUCCCACCUUUCAGUUGUUUACUGCAUGCUUUUAUUUUUAUUUCAUUUGUUUAUUUUGGCAGUACUGGGAUUUGAACUCAAGGCCUCCCACUUUCAAGGCCUCUUGAGCCAUAUCUUCAACCCUUGUUUACAUGUUUGAUCUGAGAGCAGAUACGUUGGCAUAGUGAAAAAUCAACAAAUGUUAAGUGUU